AUGAAAAAAGUUGGAAUUAUCCUUCAACCUAUAACUAUUCUAUUAACAGUUGCUCUUUUGGUAUUAGUUGUCAUUGAUGCCUAUACAUAUGCCUGGGGUUCCUAUUCCAGUAGUAUCAGUACAUCAGCUUUGUUAUCUUCCUGUACCCCAUGGAAUAUCUAUGGAUGCUCUCAACUAUGGCAUGCCAUGGCGAUCCGCCCAAAAGUUGGUCUUAUUGUACAACUGUGCCUCAUUCCUCUUACCAUAACUUUGAUCUUUGUCACCUCAUUAGCCGUAUUAACACGAGUGAUGCGUAAGCAAACAUCAAUUGUUAUCUUGAUCUUAAUCAGUUGGACAGUUUUCUUUGCGAUCUUAGCUACGGUUAUUCUGAGAAUGGAUACUGUUCCAGCGCAGUGCUACAUAUCUGGAAAUUUAGGGUUUACUUAUCACAAUCACUGGCAAAUCUACAUCACAUUGGCAUCUCUCAUAGUAUCUUUCAUUAUCACUCAAAUCUUUGCUUUCGCAGGAUACUUUCGUCCAAUGAUCACAAUGCUUUCGUUCGAGGGACACUAUCAGAGAUACGACUAUCCAAGAAUCAGCCAGUUGGAGAAAAACAUGGUAUCUGUAAAAGAAUUAGAUAACUUUUAA